AUGUGCGCCGCUCUCGGGGACCCAACGGACGAGGACAUUGAUAGAACCCACCACAUGGUUACGUUCGAUGGUCAAAUGCGUGGAUGGAAUGCACAGAAGUGCUUGGAAAACCAGUCAGUCGCACAUCUAGUCCAGCAACAGAGCCAUGCCAUCAAUGGCCCUAAUUUCAUCACUGCGCUGAAUCGGUCAGUUACCGCGUGACGAUUCAACCACAGCUUGCCCGCCAAAGACGCAACAGAAUCGAAGGAGUCGCUCGUCAGAGAUCUCUCGCGCGCAUUGCCAUUGCCCGGAAAGUGGGAGGGCUCGUGUUCCCAUACAAAGCCCACGACGAGCUGGUGGAGGACUGGAUUGACGAGCACGCGAAGGAGGUGAUGCGGGAUGAGGACUACGGGCGGAGCGACACGGUUGGUGGCCUCGUCACUCGGAUCUGCGCGAUCCUGAACCCGGCGCUGUUCGAGUGGAUCCAGGUGCCUCCGUUUGUGCUCGAUCAUUUUGCCUGCCUACAGCCUCCAGCCUCCAGCAUCGGUGCGAGGUUGCGGAGCAUUACCAGGAGCAAGCCAAGAGGGACCAAGAUGACAUCGGGACCAAGCGAGACACACGAAUGUCAUGCCUACUUCUGGGCACGCUCGGCGCAGGUUUGCGAUUUGCUCAGCAAGUACGCAGCAGAGAGCUGCAAGGCAGAGGAUGAAGGACCUCGGGGUGGGUGCAUGGCCGUUCCUAGCUUCAUUAGAAGCAAUCCGAGAUUCUGAGAUAGACUGCUUUCGUGGUGGUAGAAGGAGGAUACCAGAUAGCGUGGAAAUGCGAGUGCUUCUUGGGAGCAGGUCAAAGUGAUCGAGUCAGGAUUCACAAUGAGGUGAAGUGAAAGCGCGACAUAGAGUUAAUCGGCUGUUUGGGUCUAGCUUGAUGCCGUUAGCGCUGCAACGACAUUACGCGCAUUUCAAAUCUACAUGCCUCCAUGUGAUGUCCAUCUCUCCAGUGGUGGACAGAUCAAUCGAGAGACAGUCGCUUGAAAUCGAUCUCCUCCGAGAGAGGUACGGUCGUUUCAGGAAGAUGUUGAUCUGAUGAAGAGACACGUGUGCGCCUCAGGCUAAGUAUUUUUCGAAGAUCCCCGUCAGCUUCCGCUUUUUGUUACAUUUUCCGACAAGCAACGCGAUACCAGCGCAAGCGAUAUGGCAAAAGACAGCGAGACUCCACACAAGCCAGACUCACCGGGAGCGGAUGCCAGUAAGAAGGACGAUCAUCAGCAGAGCACUGGCAUCACUCUGCUGGAUGGCUUGAGGAUACUGGUCGGGCUGCUCCUCCUAAAUGUCCUCCUGAGCUACUUCAUCACAGGCGACAGUUUCUUCUGGGGCCACAGAGCCUGGUGGACCAGACCCAACGCUCUCAUCGCAAAGCUGGUACGUCGUCCAACCCAUUUCAUUUCCUUAACGCGACAAACCGCUGAAACGCACUCGCAGAGAAAACCCGUCAUCCUCACCGACUCCCAACUGCUCGAAUUCGCCGGCCAAGACGACUCCAAACCCAUCUACCUCGCUCUCAACGGCACCAUCUACGACGUAACCGCCGGUCGACGCAUCUACGGUCCGGGAGGUCCCUAUAACGUCUUCGCCGGCCGAGAUGCUUCGAGGGCAUACAUCACGGGUUGUUUUGCCGAAGAUAACGUCCCCGACGUGAGGGGCAUCGAGUGGACAUUCAUCCCGCAGGACGUUCCUCGCUUCGAAGAGACGCCUGAUUCCGAAUUGUCCGAGAUGAGAAAGUACUACCGAUACGAGAUGGCGGAGAAUGCGUUGGAAGAGGUGGAUAAAGGUCUCGAGCACUGGGCGAAGAUGUUCCGGGGGGAGAAGGGGAAGGACUAUUUCGAGGUGGGGUAUGUGAAGAGAGAAGCAGGGUGGUUGGAGAAGAUGCCAUCGAGGACGCUGUGCGCGAAUGCGGAGAAGAAGAGGCCGAAGAGCAAGUUUGAUGAGAAGGAAAAGUAUGAGAAGGGAGCGAGGGCUUUUCGAAGGGCAAGGAAAGCGAGGAAGCAGAAGGGGGGAGAAACUGUUAAGCAUGAUCAAUUAUGA